AUAUAUCGUCGAACCAUAUCAAAGCAAUCAAAUCAAUCUUUGCUCUCUAUCCUUUCCAAGCAAUUAACUGAAGUCCAUCAAAACCUUCUCUGACAAUGGUGCCUCCAAACCCAGCCCACCAACCGGCUCGGCGAACGCAACCGCAACUGCAACCCCAAUCGCAACCUCGAGCACAACCCCUGCCGGGCAGGCGUAUGAACCCCGUCCUAUGCAUCAUCGUCGCCCUCGUCCUCUUGGGACUCCUCGUGGGUCUCGCCAUAUUGAUCACAUACCUCACACUCAGGCCAAAGCGACUCAUCUACACGGUAGAAGCCGCGUCGGUCCAAGAGUUUGCUAUAGGCAACAAUGACGAUCACAUCAACGCAAAAUUCAGCUACGUGAUCAAAUCAUACAACCCGGAGAAACAUGUCUCCGUAAGAUACCACUCCAUGCGUAUCUCCACGGCUCAUCAUAACCAGUCCGUGGCUCACAAAAAUAUCUCUCCUUUCAAGCAACGUCCUAAGAACGAGACUAGGAUUGAGACGCAGCUUGUGUCCCACAAUGUGGCACUGUCUAAGUUCAAUGCCAGGGACUUAAGGGCUGAAAAAUCAAAAGGGACGAUCGAAAUGGAAGUGUAUAUAACGGCUAGAGUGAGCUACAAGACGUGGAUUUUCCGGUCGAGAAGACGUACGUUGAAGGCUGUGUGUACGCCGGUAAUGAUCAACGUUACAUCAAGCUCGUUGGAUGGAUUCCAGAGAGUGUUAUGCAAAACUCGUCUUUAGUUUGAUUUAUCCUCAUCUUGAAUUGGUUUCAUUUGUGUGCAAAAUUUGCUAUAUGUGACAUUGAUUGAUUGUGUGUGUGUUUUUCCUUUUUAAAUUUCCUCUUUGGUUUUGUUCUUUUCUGCCAGUCAUUCCAUUUCUCUUUUCUUUUCAUCAUUAAUUAUUAUAUUUUUUAUUUUUUUGGGCUUAAAAUGCUUUACAUUUUUAUUGCUCUGUAAGUGAUUCGAUUUUUAUUUCUAAUAAUAUAUGACGAUUUAAUAAC